AUGGCGGCUUAUGUAGUAACUACGGCGAAUGAAUCCCAGGUAAAAGCUGAUAUAGAGAUGCUGUUAAAGGUUGAAGUUCAUGUUGGUACCAUAAAUUGCAAACCUCAGAUCACACGUUAUGUCUUGAAUAGACGCAAAGAUGGUACUUGUGUUAUCAACAUAGUAAAGACAUGGGAAAGGCUUCAGAUGGCUGCUAGGAUGAUUGCAAGUGUUAAAGCAAUUGAUGGAAGACACACUCCUGGUACCUUGAGUAACAAACAACAACCUUAUUAUUUGUUGAUUGUCACCGCCCCAUUAAUCAACCGUGAGUCAGUGAAGGAAACUGCUUUGAAAAAGCUUCCAAUUAUUGCUUUCUGUGACACUGAUUCUCCAAGCAGAUUGGUUGGCACUUGUAUUCCUACUAACAACAAGGGAAAACACAGCAUUGCUUGUCUUUUCUGGCUUUUCGCUCGUAUGAUUCUCAUCUAUCGUGGAACCAUUCACCAAGAUCAGAAAAGGGAUGUCAUGGGAGAUGUCGAAUUUCCUAUACGUCCUGAUGAUACUGUUCCAAAGUUGGAGGAGAGAGGGUUUCAAAAGUUCCCGAACAAUGCAACUGAAGAAUCUUAUACAGAAAGCUCAUAUGACUACCUAUGGUAG